AUGUCGGUGUCCCUGUCCAGCAUCCCUGUAGUGCUGAAGGACAAGAGCUGCUACCAAGCCGGCAUGCUGAAGGCCAGUCCCGCUCGAGGCUUCUACCCUGCCCCUCUCCCCGGCCCCCACCACUACAUGGACUUCUUCCCGCGGACUCACAGCCUCCUCCACCCGCUCAAGUCCCUCGGUCGCCUGGUGUCGGACACCCAGGCAUCAAUGCCGCUCUACCUGCACGGCGGAGCCCCUCCGUUCCACCACCACGCCUCGGUCCUGCACGAACACAUGUUGAGCGCCUCUGGCAUCCCCUACCUCAGCCAGAUGUUGGCCGGACACCCGCUGUACUCCAAACCAGAGGAGCUGGCUGCUGUGGUGACCGAGCACGCCGCUGGUCCGCUGUCCUCUGACUUCAACAGCCCGGCCAGUGAAAGGUCCUCAUGUGCCUCCUCUUCUGCCAGCUCACCGCCUAAAGAGAGUCUAUUUCGCCUCCGGAGCGCGGACCUAUCGCAAGAAAAAACGCGCACGUCUUAUAAUUUUAGCGAGGAUGACUUGUUCAUGGUGCUCUACGGUUACUCCGGCAGCCAGGAGCGCAGCGUGGGUCACGCUAUAUCAGGGCUGGCCCUGCCCGAUAAGUCAGUAUCUGGCUCUCGCGUUCUCUCACUGGACAAAGAAACACUUGAACUUCCAGAGGGGUUGACCAUCGUCCAGGCAGUUUGGGGAAACGUCUCACACUGUGGAGUUUUCACAGACAAAAGCAGCAUCCCCAAAGGGACGCGCUUCGGACCUUUCCAAGGAAAAAUGGUCAAUACCAGCGAGAUUAAGACAUACGACGACAACACUCUUAUGUGGGAGGUGUUUGAAAACGGCCGGUUGAGUCAUUUUGUUGACGGCAGGGGAGGCUCAGGGAACUGGAUGUCGUUAGUGAAGUGCGCUCGUUUCCCAGAGGAGCAGAACCUCAUUGCUGUACAGGUCCAGGAUCAGAUCUUCUAUGAGGCCUGCAAAGAGAUCCGGCCAGGGCAGGAGCUCCUGGUGUGGUAUGGAGACUGCUACAUGCAGUUCCUCGGCAUCCCUCUCACCCUGAAAGACCACAGAGAGGACAGCACCGUGGUUCCUCUCACAGAAGAUACUGGUGAUGGUUUCAAGUGUGAUAGGUGCGGGAAGGUGUUUGCAUACAAGUACUACAGAGACAAGCAUCUGAAGUACACGCGCUGCGUGGACCAGGGCGACAGGAAGUUCCCCUGUCACCUCUGCAACAGAUCUUUCGAGAAGAGAGACAGAUUAAGGAUCCACAUUUUACACGUUCACGAAAAACACAGGCCUCACAAGUGCUCAGUGUGCGGAAAGAGUUUCUCCCAGUCGUCCAGUCUCAACAAACACAUGCGGGUGCAUUCUGGAGAACGGCCAUACAAGUGUGUCUACUGCAAUAAGGCCUUCACUGCCUCCAGUAUUCUGCGAACACACAUCCGCCAGCACUCCGGAGAGCGGCCCUUCAAGUGCAAGCACUGCGGGAAGGCCUUCGCCUCCCACGCCGCCCACGACAGCCACGUCAGGCGGACCCACGCAAAGGACAAGCCCCUUCCCUGCGACCUGUGCGGAGCGUCUUUUCAGGAGGAACGGGAAUUUAAAUAUCACAUGGAAAGUCACAAAAACAGGCACAUCUUGGACAGCACGGUUCUUCCGUCUUCUCCAGGGAGUGGAUUACAGGAGGACACCGUGUUGAAGGACAAUCCAAAAAUACAGAAGAACGCCGGACAAAACUGUCCUUACACCGGGUUAACAGUUAACCAGUUAAAUCCAGAAUAUCGGCCCUGGAACUAGUCUCUCUCUGAGCUCAACUGUAGCCUACUCAGUAAACCUGACAAAGAAAACUAUUCUAAUUGUGUGGAGGAUUUUAGACGAUAGGCUAAAAA